AUGGCAUUUGACGACGAAAAGGGCUUAGCUAUCGCUAUUGAAGAAGCCAAGAAAGGAUACGAAGAAGGCGGAGUUCCUAUUGGUGGAGCCUUGAUCAGUGAAGACGGCACUGUUCUCGGCCGUGGCCACAACUUGCGUUUCCAGAAGGACUCGGCCACUUUGCAUGGUGAGAUCUCGACGUUGGAAAACGCUGGUCGUCUCAAGGGCAGCGUUUACAAAAACUGCACCAUGUACACCACUUUGUCUCCAUGUUCCAUGUGCUCCGGCGCCUGUAUUAUGUACGGAGUCAAGCGUGUGGUGGUGGGAGAGAACGAGACUUUUAUGGGGGCCGAGGACUGGAUUCGCAAGCUGGGAAUUGAGGUGGUGAACCUCAACAACCAGGAGUGCAAAGACUUGAUGGCCAAGUUUAUCAAGGAAAGACCACAAGACUGGAACGAGGAUAUUGGUGUCUAG